GAUGUAAUCGAUGACGUGACCAAUGACCAUGACGUAAUCAAUAACCGGAAUCAUUAAUGAUGGCUAGCAUGCACACCUCACGGUCGUACAUGGCGCAUCAUAUCAGAAAGUAGGCAUAAAUAUGCUCGGUUUUGGUGAGGAGUGCCGUCAGCCCAUUUAUUUUUCCUUCGAACAUUAGUAAUAAUGAGACUAAUUUCAUACCUGUUAUAACAUGUGCUCUACUUUUAAAAUGAACUCAUACUGAUUGUAUUUAGGUUAGCUCUCUCGUCCCUCUCCCCCCCAAACAAAAUGCAUGUGGAUUUAUAUGAAAUCAUAUAUGGAUGUAUAUUAAAUAAUCUCUCCGUCGACGCGGGCCGCAAGAACCUCGCUUUCGACCCUCAAGAGGAGACAGAAGCCCUUCUUGACGUCGACAUCGAAGCGGCAUCGCGUGGAAACCCAGCCGAUCAGAGAGAGAAUUAUUCAGUCCCUGUGCAACCGUAUCAAGCGCAAACCUAUGUUAAAUAUCCCCAAUCCGAUGCAGGGAGAUUGGCUAAUCCUCCUUCGCAUCAUGCAGAAUCCGACGUGAAAUUUUCCCAGUCUGAUGCAGGGGGAUUGGCUAAUCCUCCUCCGCAUCAUACAGAAUCCGACGUUAGAUUUUCCCAAUCCGAUGCAGGGGGAUUGGCUAAUCCUCCUCCUGGAUUUGGUGUGGAUAAUGAGCUAAUCAGCAUAUCACCAUCAGCACGAUCUCACUCGACCCGACGUCCCGAUGAAACUCCAAUCCGGGAAUUACUCGUUAAGCACACACAUUCUUGAAAUGUUUAUUAUUAUUAUUGUUGUUGUUGUUUUUGUUGUCAUUAUUAUACCACUCAUAAAUUCUCUUUUUUAUUAAUAUAUUAAUAAAUUCUCGAUCAUUUCAUACGCGAUACAGUGCACGAACUCAUUCCCAUUCCUAUCAUUAAAUUAUAUUGCCACUGUAAGGAGGUUUCAUAAUUACUCUACGUAGGUUAGGGGAAGGAAAAGGAUAAUAGAUAUUAAGGAAAAGCAAUUCAGCGAUAUAUACACCAUUAAGUAUUCCUGUUUUUAUACAAAAAAUAUGUGUAAUAAAACCAAAGAGAUACUUGCGAGAAUUACUUAACCAUAUAGCCUUUUUCUUACAUUAUAUCAUCUAGUUGGUAAAGAAAAAAAAAAUGUUUGAUCGACAGGGUAUAGUUUUCAAGCAACAAAGUAAUGUGUAAGUUUAUGCGACUUGAGCGUCUUGCACAUUUUGCAUUUGUUUAGCUAUGACUAUGUUUAUAGGCUUACAUGCUUUUAUGAAUUACAUACGUCUUUUAAAAUAUGUUUUUAUUAUUAUGACGAUAACACUGAUGCCUCUCCUAUUUGAUAUCUAGACUUUUAUCUAAAAUUCAAAAUGCCCUCUUUAUUAGUCAUCAGUCGUGGUGUAUAUUAAAAUUAGAUACGUUUGUACAAUAUCUAUUACCUUCCUUUUUAACUUAAACGUUAUUUUUGACAGUAGACUAUACACAUUAAUAUUUGUCCUCUAUCCUCACUGUAAUUUCUACGACCGCUAUUGCCACAAUUCAUAUAUAUUUCUCGUGUAUAUGUAUGUAUAUAUACGGAUGUGUUUCAUUAGUAUACAAAUAUAUACGUUUCGAUGAAUUUGCACUUAUAAGAAAGAAUAGAGAAAUAUAUAGUUACUCCACUAUUUGUGUCAUUUACUACAGAUUUAAGUAAUCUCAGAAUGAGGAAUUGUAAAAUAUAUUUUUUUCUUGGUAUUUAUGAUUACCUAUGUGCUAACAAGUAGCACAUAGGUAAAAAAAGCAGAUAAAUGUGAUGAAAUUGAUAGUUGUCCGAAGAUAAAAAUAGAAAAUAAAAAUUGGAGACUAAAGGUCUUAUAUUAUAAACUAAAUCGAAAAUACUGCAAAACAGCUACCGAGUCGGCCAACCACAACCAGCAGUUGAAGAACUACGGUGACAAUCAAGUGACCUGUUUCUGCCUUUCUGCAUAGCUGCCGACCUGAGUGUCCUCUGACCUCGAGAGGGGGACGUUAUCUCCUUGGAGAACACUCGUGAACCGACAAACACGAGCAAGUGUCAAUAAACACCUGUUAACUUUUCCCGAAGCUGUGGUUUUGAUCUUGGAUCCUUCAACGUGCGAGUCAGAGACGAUACCGAUGCUGCCACCAAUACCUAAAGAAAUGGUCAGAAAUCGGGUGUUUUAUACUUCCAACUCCGUUUCAGACACGACGCAGCUCAAUAUAGUAUGUAAAGUAGGUAGUUCUCUAUUGCACAUUUCAAUGAUAACUAAAGGGUCAUUAUUCAAAGAAAGCGUAUAAUUAACAUAGAUAAAAAAAAAAAAAAAAAAAAUCAAACAAGCGUUACUGUUUUCGAAGUUAUUGCCAUUGUCUGUUGCUUUUUUAUUUUACGUUUGUUAUUAUUUUUAUUAUAUUGUUAUUCCUUGA